GUUUAUUUUCUUCGAACAGCCUGAUUGUGCGAGAGGACCAUCCCGUAGCUCUAUUCUAUCUAUUCGAAGCCUGGCAUACACGCAUCAGUGAGUCGUUUUCAAAAACACAGCUGCCAAAACAGAACGUACCGGAUCCGCAGAGUGUUCUUCGAUUUUGUCGUUUGCGACCACUGAGUCGUCCAAGUAUGCGCCAGGGCUUGCGUCGAGAAGAGGGUCCAACGCAGCAGCCACGGUCGUAGCCGCGCCCUCGGGGAUCGUCUUCCACUGCAUAUCCUGCGUAUUCGGUUGGCCGUCCGGCCCGAGGAUCCCUUGGCUCUUCAUAGCCUCGAC